GCGCGACAUCCAUCGAUUGCUCUCACGAGCUCUGCCCUUUUGGCGCCUGGCCCUGGUUGCUCGCCUGCUCGGGUCGGGGCAGCUGCUAUACAUAUAACUCCACCACCCCGGCGCAAAGCCGAGCAAAAGCCGGCCGAGCAGAGAGCAGCGGAAGAAAGCGUCCUGCGGUCGUGCCUAGAGCGCAAACCACCGGAGAGCAGAGAGAGGCGGGACAGAAGGAUUGAUGGCCGCGGAGGUGGAGAGGAAGGACGGCAAGGCGCCGCGGAGGGAAGAGGAGCUGGUGGAGGCGGCGCUGGCGGCGGCCGCGGCCGCGCUGUUCGUGUCGGGGGUCAAGAGCCUGGCCCCGGCCGUGCUCGUGGACCGCUGGUGGUGGCCGCUGCCCCUGCCCCUGCCCGCGCAGGUGCUCGCCGCGGCGCCGUCGCCCGUGCUCUUCCUGCUCCUCAACGUCCUCGUCGCCUGCAUCGUCGUGGUCUCCGUGCAGCCCACCAGGCGAGCAGCCGCGGCGGCGACGGCGGGCGACGUCGUUGCGAAGGUGGCCCCGGCAGGCGACGAUGCACCGAAGAAGCUGAAGAAGAGGCGGAGUAGCAAGAAGCGCGUGGACGGAGCCGAGCCGUCGGCUCCCGCGCCGCCGUACGUCGCGGCCGACCGCUGCAUGGCGAUGGUGAUAGACGGCGGUGCCGUGAUGGUGCCAACGGGCGAAGAAGAAGAGGAAGGAGCCGCCGCCGACGCGGCAGCGGAGGAGGUGGACAGGCGAGCGGAGGAGUUCAUCUCGGCGUUCCGGCACCGCCUCAGGGUCGACUCCUUCUCGUCCCGUCGCGGGGAAGCCGGCGACGCGGCGGCGCGAGCCAUCGGCGCCUCGCCGUGCUUCUGACCCGAGCCCGCAUGCAGCUCGCGGCUCAUGCGCUCGCGGACCCUGUUUUGUUCAGAUGGCAGUCAGUUUCUUUCUCUCACUUUCUUGAUUGUUCUUCUUCUUCUUGCUCUUUGAUCCGAGCAAGUGAGCUGUAGCUACUACUAGCACUUUGACAUCAAACUGGUUGGACUGGAUAAAUCUUCAAGCAUGGUAGUAUUUUGAAGGAAUA